AAGACAAGCAUGCUGUAAAACUUGCCUUGAGUUUGAUAAGUUCCUGUUACUUCUGUGAAGGUUGACAUGAAUGUAGAGAAUCUCACUGGUUGAGGGGGAUUGUGACGCAGCAUGAUGUUUAUAUACUUACUGUAGAGAGGCUAUACAGUGUGCUGUGUUUCUGGCAAUCUGCUGAAAGAUGUGCUCUCCAGGGUUAACUGUCACAGACGUCUCUUGUCACAGAUGGCAGGCGUGAAAUGAAAUACUAAUACACUGAAUUAAUGUGUCAGAUAGCAUUGGCGUCCUUUUACAUAGGUGCCUGCUCUUCUUUUUUCUAUCCGUUUUUUCUUUCCUCCUUCCCCAAAGUUGUCACUGGGAGCAUUCUGAGUGUGUUGCUGUCUUCCCUAGCCUGCCUGUACAGGGGUGGCUGGUGAAGGAGCACAGCAGUCAGGAGGGAGGCAGUGUGCAGGACUGGGGGAGUUAGUCAGAGAGGGAGGCAGUGUGCAGGUCUGGGGGAGUCCGUCAUAGAGCGAGGCGGCAGGCAGGUCUGGGAGAGUUCACACGGAGCUCAGAGGCAGGGCAGAAGAAGCAUACACACCUCUUGAGGAAGAGAGAAGGGGUGCUGAAGGGCGUAGAAUCCAGUCUAAAUGGCUCUGUUUCUGGAUGGGUCUCAAGGCAUGGGGGCCUUCUACUGUCUGAUCCGGAGGAGGUUCAAAAGGCGGCGGAAGAAACGGUCGGAACGUAAAGGUGUCAACGGCAAAGCAAUGACAGAAGCUGACUAUCACUGUCUGCAGAACGAAAGAGCCUCUGUACGUCAGGCCAGAAGUCAGCAGAAAUACUUUGCCAUGGAUGUAGAUGAGGAAGAAAAUAUGAGUUCGUGCAGCACCGACGUAAAGGAAAACCGCAACCUGGACAACGUCUCCUCCAAGGAGGCCGCUGGUGAGGCGGCCCAGCUCCCCAACGGAGGAGGUAGCAGCAGGAAGCGCCCUCUGGAGGAAGGCAAUAAUGGCCAUGCGCAUUCCAAGUUCCGUCCUAAGAAGCGAAAGAAAACGCCAGGGCCUGUUCUGCCCAAAAAUGCUCUUAUGCAGCUCAAUGAAAUCAAGCCGGGACUUCAGUACAAGCUGCUUUCACAGACUGGGCCAGUCCACGCGCCCGUGUUUGUCAUGACCGUAGAAGUUAACGGGCAGCUGUUUGAGGGCUCUGGGCCCACUAAAAAGAAGGCUAAGCUCAACGCAGCUGAGAAAGCUCUGAGAUCAUUUGUGCAAUUUCCCAAUGCUUCGGAAGCUCACAUGGCCAUGGGUCGUACCCUGACAGUCAACACUGAUUUCACCUCUGACCAGGCUGACUUUCCCGAUAUGCUCUUUAACGGGUUCGAGACACCUUCGCAGCCGGAGGAGUCCUGUUACUUGGGCUCUAACGGGAAUGGCUCUUUCAGUUCUUUGGGAGAAUACCCCCUCCCUUCCUCAGGGGGAGCCAACAGCCUGAGUCAGUCCCCACUGCCCGCCCCCACCACGUACACCUCCUCCUCCAGCGGGAAGAACCCCGUUAUGAUCCUGAACGAGCUGCGCCCUGGCCUGAAGUAUGACUUUGUGUCGGAGAGUGGGGAGAGCCAUGCCAAGAACUUUGUCAUGUCAGUGACAGUAGAUGGGCAGACGUUUGAAGGUUCUGGGCGGAACAAGAAGCUGGCCAAGGCCCGUGCUGCCCAGGCUGCCCUCUCCAGCUUGUUCAACAUGCAGCUUGAUCAGACACCCUCCCGACAGCCCAUCCCCAGAGAAGGCCUGCAGCUUCACUUGCCCCAGGUUCUAGCAGAUGCCGUUUCCCGACUUGUGGUGGAUAAGUUCAGUGAGCUGACCGACAAUUUCACAUCUCCUCAUGCGCGCAGGAAAGUCUUGGCAGGGGUUGUCAUGACAACAGGCACUGAUGUAAAGGAUGCCCAGGUGAUUUGCGUUUCCACAGGGACCAAAUGUAUAAACGGGGAGUAUAUGAGUGACCGUGGCUUAGCUCUCAAUGACUGCCAUGCUGAAAUUGUUGCCAGAAGAUCCCUCAUCAGGUACUUCUACACCCAGCUUGAAUACUUUCUGAGCAGCAACAAAGAGGAGCACCAGAAAUCAAUAUUCGUCAGGUGUGAGAAGAAUGGCUACAAACUGAAAGAGAAUGUGCAGUUCCACCUUUAUAUCAGCACUUCACCAUGCGGCGAUGCAAGGAUUUUCUCCCCUCAUGAAGCUGGAGUGGAGGAUCAAGGUGACAGGCACCCUAACAGGAAAGCACGAGGGCAGCUGAGGACGAAGAUUGAGUCCGGGGAGGGAACUAUCCCGGUGAGGACCAGCAACACCAUCCAGACCUGGGAUGGAGUGCUUCAGGGCGAGAGGCUGCUAACCAUGUCCUGCAGUGACAAGAUAGCCAGGUGGAAUGUGGUGGGAAUCCAGGGAUCUCUAAUGAGCUACUUCACAGAACCUGUUUACUUCUCAAGCAUCAUCCUGGGCAGCCUGUACCAUGCAGACCACCUAUCCCGGGCCAUGUAUCAGAGAAUAGCUGACAUUGAGGACCUACCACAGCAGUUCACUCUCAACAGACCUCUGCUGAGCGGUAUUAGUAAUGCAGAAGCACGGCAGCCAGGGAAGGCUCCUAACUUCAGUGUGAACUGGGCGGUGGGAGACCAGUCUCUGGAGGUCAUUAACGCAACCACUGGGAAGGACGACAUGGGCCGGCCAUCACGCCUUUGCAAGCACACCCUCUACAGCCGCUGGAUGCGAUUGUAUUCGAAGCUUUCAUCAACUCUGCGAAUUAAAGUAUCCAAGCCCUCUUCAUACCAUGAAGCCAAACAAGCUGCUAUAGAGUACCACUCUGCAAAGCAAGCUCUCAUCAAGGCAUUUCAGAAGGCAGGGCUAGGGGCUUGGGUGAAAAAACCCAUAGAACAGGACCAGUUCUCUCUCAGCCCCUGAUUGGACCAGCAAGAGAGGAAGGAAUGGAUGGUGGAAAAAAUACCAGCUGCUGAGACUUUAUGUUCUGUUUGCCUGUGAUAAGACUUUCUCUGUUGCUUUCCUAUCCUCUCUACCCUUUUAAUUUUUUUUAUGGUGUCUCGUGUUUCUUUAGUUUUGUUUUAACUUUAUGGUUGUUAUAAUUGCAUCUGCGUAACAUAAAGUCUUGCCCUUUUUAAACUGGAAACAUUUUUUUUUAUUUUAGAAAACGAACAGUAACAUUUUAUAAUUAAGAAGUUAAAAAGAGAAAAAAAAAAGAAAAAAGAGCCAGCUGUCUAGAUGAAUUUGCCUAAAGAGCACGUUUAUGCCAAAUAGUAGUAGAGCUUGAAUUAAUUUGACCUCUCAGUUGUGUGUGGAGCUAGGGUAGUGGGUUUUGCUAUCCUUUUUUAUGUUUACCUCUAAUCUAAGAGAACAUCUCAUUCUGAGCACUGCUGUUUUUCCACACUUAAGCAGAGCUAAUAUGAGUUUCAGUCUUCAACACAGAUUGUAUGGAGAUACCAAACUGUCAUUUUUAACUUAAAAAAAUCAAAAAGAUCCCUUCAGAGAACUGGGAGAGAGUUUUUGUUCUAUAGCAAUUUCUUUGGUGAUACUAAAAGAUUCAGAAUUUGUCAGACAUUUCUACAACCAGAAAAUAUUUUACAAGAUUUGUGUAAUUAAACAGUAAGAACUUUCUUAGAAACACAAACAGGAAGUAAUCAAACAGAUUAAAAAUAUGAAACAUAAGAAGAAAACAUCAAAAUUAAUGCUUUUGUUUGUGGCACAGUAAUAGGAGAGUGAAAGAUGUUUACACGUGCAGGUAAAUGACACACUAGUUGUAUAACCUUUAAAAAGGGACACAGAGGGUUAAUGACCCUCUAGUAAUGUUCAUAAAAGUUUCGCUUUCCAAUCAGGAUAAUUAAAUUCUUGUUUUGCUUUCAACCAGUAUUCUCUUUGUAGGACAAAAAAGUGCUUUUUAGCCACUGAGCAUUUUUAAUUAAUGAUACUUUGGUCUUUUCCCAAGAGCUGAGACAUACAGCACAAGUAGUAAGUCUUAAAGCAAAUCUAGAAGGAAACUGGUGAAACAAGCUGUUUUUACAGAACAGUCAUGUUAAAAUCUAAAUGUGCCAAUUGGUAUUCACACUGCCAAAAAAACAUACAGAGAUUGUGAUGUUCUUCAUUAACAGCCCAUUUUUACAACAUUACUGUCCAGCAUUUUAGGAGUGUGGAUAGGAGUGUCAUAACUAUGCAUUGCACUAAUAUGUAAAAUACUAUCAUAUUGAAAAAUUGGGAACAAAAAUUAAGUCUCCGUUGCACUUUUCAUAGUAUCUAAACGAUUAAAUCAGGUGAAAUAAACAGGUACCUUUUGAAGUGCAGACCGAGAUCCCUUUUUAGCAGUAAAUGUUAUAACAGUAUAACAUUUUUACUAAUUAAAAGAAAAUAUCUGGUAUUAAUUUUUAUAUUUUUGACAUCAUUUUUUGCUUUAUUUUUAUCACAGCUGGGGUGGUUGAAGGAUUUUUAAAAAUAUUUUGCACGUUUACGAUCAAAUACAAGCCAUCUAUCUGCAUGGUAAACUUUGUAGUGGGUCUGGGGGUUUAAUGUUGUUUGGAGCUCUACAUACUCUAUACAUUUUUGAAUUUCAAUGCCAGCAUUUUUAAAACCAAGCAACUUUUUGCUGUUCUCUGAUGUAAAUAAAAUGCAACUUUUGUUUUCCCUGAAUUGUUCCAUUACCACUUCUUUUAUUGUAAAAACAUGUAUAAGCUUGUUAUUAAGAAGUAAUACGAAAUGUUGGGCAGGAGUGAACGUGCUGAUGUAAAUAAUAUUUUAUGCUGCCCUUUUCACAAAGAUGUUCCUACAGUAUCUGUUUUCAUACUAAUUUUCAAUGGGUACUGCAUUACACAGCUCAGCAUUUUGUUUUAGCAGUUUUUCCCAUUUUUUUGUAUUGCUAUUAAAAGGCCAAUAGAUUUUAAGAGAUUUAAAAGAAAUAUUUAAAAAAGGAAAUUAUGUGGAAACUAAAUCCUCAGAUCUGGGUUCAGCAAAUUUAACCUUUUUUCCUGGGUGACGAGCACAACAGAAAUAUGGACCAGAUAAAAGAAAUUCACUGAGAUUUGAGGUUUUUCCUCAGAAUGCAUAGAGCCCUGUGUUGAAGCUGUUUAAAUUUUCUUUCUUGACAAAGUGUUCAGUAGAACCAAAUCCGGUAAUGUAGAUAACAACUUGCACACUUUUUAUUGUAUGUUAUGAUUCUGGGAAUAUCCACUUAUGAAGAAUCUACUGUGUAUUUCCAUAAAAUAAAAUCUGUUUGUGAAUCA